AUGGUGUUGGAUGCGAUGGUGGACAAGGGCAGCAACCAGGAGCCGGACAUGUGCUCCGAGUGCUACGCCUGCGUCAAGCUGUGCCCCGAGAAUGCGAUACACGUUCGCGGCUACGCGGACUUCGUGCCGCUGGGCGCGGAAGUGCAACCCCAUUAUGAAGGGCAGGACAUCGUCUGGGACGUUACGUUCCGCGACGGAAGGACGGAGCAUUUCCGGUUCGCGUCCCGCUCGACGCCGUGGGGCAGUAUAGAUCCUUACGCCGGCGUCGAGCCGGCCGACGCGGAUGCGCUGCGUACGCAGGUGCUUUUCGGCGAGCCCCAUUACCUGAUGUUGCCUGAGGAUGGCGCAUAG